AUGUCUAUGCAAGGCGGGGGGUACUACAAUGAGAAUUGUACCCUGCAAGGCCUAGCCAUCGAUAAGGCAUUAUCUCUUCUUGAGCCACCAAAAUACCAAGGAAGUACCAUCACUCUUGCUGACUAUGGUUCCUCUGAGGGCAAGAAUACGAUUCGGCUUCUUGCCAACUAUCUCUCCAACUUGCCCGGCCUCUCAUCCGCAACUCUUGUUUUCAAUGAUACGCCAUUCAACGACUUCUCCAGUCUUUCAAGAACCAUUGACAUAAACUCAUCUUCACUAUCACAGAAUGGCAGGCUGUCUAUCAAUCCUCUGAUGGUUCCUAAAUCCUUCUUCCGACAAGUCCUACCUGAUGACUUUGUGGAUGCAGGGUUCUCCUUCACAGCCCUCCAUUGGCUGCAGCACAUGCCAUUCUCGUGGGAGACAUCGGACCUAGCGAGAUACGCUCACGAAGAUCUGGUGUCUUUCUUGUCAGCUCGUCAUAGGGAAGUUCGACCAAACGGCACCUUGACACUCUGCAUUCCCUGCCAUGGCGAGAUCGGGGUUGACUCCGCGGUUGCGUGUCUACAGGCUAGUAUUCGCAGCCUUGCAAGCACCUACCAUCUCGAUCCGUCGUUCAUAGUACGCUUGCCACUUUACUUCCGAACUAUGGAAGAGAUAUUAUCAUCCAUCAAUGCCGAGCAGGGAAAAUGGAUCGUCAAAUCUCAUGUGGCAGUCCCAAUCAUGCACCCUUCAUGGUCUCCAGCUGUAUCAGAUAAAGGUGGUGCUGAUAUGGCAGCCAGAGUCAGGUAUGCCUUUGGCGUUACCGGCUUUACAACUGCUGCAUGCUCUCGGUUCUUGACGGAUGGCACAGGCGCCUAUCCCAAAAAGAGAAACCUUAAUGAGCAUGGCUUUCAAUCAGUGGCCAUUGCAGAGGCAACUUUCCUUGAGGAUUUGUCAGCUUGCUUCAAGGACGAGUUUCUUCGCUCGUAUAUCACGAAAGACGUUGGUUUUACAUACGCCUUUCUUCAGCUCGAAAGACAAUAG